AUGUCCUGGCUGUCUGGCCUCUGGAGAACAUCACGUCCAAACUAUCACACCAUGCCUGGUAGAUCUCACGACGAGGAGUCUGGCUCGGGAGAGUCAGAGUCCCUGCUUGGUCGAGGCCACAAGAGAGUUAAGCGCUUUUGGGAAGGCUUCGUCGACUUUGCGUUUCAAGAUGAUAUCCUCAAGAUCGCCGUUGGUUUGAUUCUUGCGGCCGCCUUCACAGACUUAGUAAAGUCUUUUGUGAGCGAUUUUGCCGUUCUGCAAAAAGGACCAAACUACGAUAAGACAACCGGCUACAACACCCUUCAUCAGGCCCAAGAGGACGGUGCCGUUGUCCUAGCAUAUGGAUCUUUUGUUGGCCAAAUGAUAUCCUUUCUUGUGCUGGGCAUCGCUCUCUAUGGACUUGCGCACUUGUGGCAGCUUGCUUCAUCUGAACCCAUCAUCAAGCACACAAAGAAGUGCAAGUACUGCAGACAGCGCAUCAACGAAAAGUCUAUUCGCUGCAUCCAGUGUACCAGUUGGCUUGAUGGGCGAGAGGACCGCAACUGA